UGCCACCUACCAAUGGGGCUCACGAAUAGUUGCCGACCGUUCAGACUUGAAAGUACUCGGAAGAGUAGGUCCGAGAAUUCCAGGCCAGCUAACGAAAUUCGUACGGUUGGUUGUGUUGUCGUCUUCUAUCUUCUGUGCCUUGAAUUUCUUCAAGAACGCACAGCUCCUUUUAGAAUAAUGUAUAUUGUGCCCGAAGCAUUUGUCGAGAGAAAUCAUGGAAGGAGAGGUGAACGAAGAAACACCUCUGAAUCACUGGGAACAACCUAGAAAACAUCGGUCCCUAACACCAGUCGUUGCCUUCAGUUCAUUAGUUGCUCUCUGUGGUUCCGUGAAUAUAGGAUAUGCUUCAGCAUUCUCGUCACCUUCUGAAUCAGGAAUCAGGAAGGAUUUGGGACUCUCUGUUGCGCAAUACUCCUUUUUCGGCUCAAUAUUUACAAUAGGGGGAGUGUUUGGUGCACUCAUCAAUGGGAAAUUAGCUGAUUUCGUUGGCCGAAGAGGUGCGCUGUGGCUGGCUGAUGUUUUCAGCGUAGCUGGGUGGAUUGCCGUAGUUCUUGCAAAGAAUGCUUUCUGGUUGGACCUUGGCAGGCUGCUUUUGGGCUUUUCAAUUGGGAUUGUAACUUUCGUGGUGCCCAUGUAUAUUGCAGAAAUAUCGACCAAGGAGAGCAGGGGACAGUUCACAUCAGCAAAUCAGUUGCUGAUAUGCUCUGGAAUUUCUCUGGUAUAUAUCAUCGGCAUCCUUAUUAACUGGCGCAUUUUGGCUCUUCUGGGUUAUUUCUUCUUAUUCCUUCCUCCCUCUCAUUUGGGCUUUGGCUUAGUUGAAAACCAUCAACGUUUCAAUCUAACUCUUAAUACUGCUGCAGGUUUAAUUCCUAGUCUCCUACAAGCUGUUGGACUAUUUUUCAUUCCAGAAUCUCCUAGAUGGAUGGCAAAGGCUGGUCGCGAAAAAGAUGCUGAAGCUUCACUGCAACGUCUUAGAGGCAAAAAUGCUGAUGUUAGUCAAGAAGCUGCCGAUAUCAGAGAUUUCAUAGAAACUAUGGGACAACAAUCAGAAGGGACUAUUUUUGAAAUAUUUCAGAGAAGAUAUGCCCGUGUAUUAGUUAUUGGGGUUGGUUUGAUGUCACUGCAAAAUUUUGGGGGCGCAAAUGCAAUUUCAUAUUAUGUAAGUUCCAUAUUUGAAGAAGCCGGAUUUUCAAGUACCAUUGGAACCGUAGCAGUGGCCAUUGUAGAAAUUCCAGCUGUUCUUGUGAGUGUAAUCUUAGCUGAUAAAUUUGGAAGACGGCCUCUUCUAAUGUUGUCUGCUGCUGGAAUGUGUUUGAGCUGCUUUCUCACGGGUUUGUCGUUUUGCUUUGAGGAAGCUCAUUUAUUCAGCAAGCUUGCUCCAAUUUUGGUGCUCAUUGGAAUAUUGGGAUAUAGUGUAGCUUAUCCGCUGGGUGCGGCGGGAAUACCAUGGGUGGUAGUGUCAGAGAUAUAUCCAAUAAAUAUAAAAGGUUCGGCGGGCAGCUUGAUAACGGUGACCAACUUUUUAUGUUCAUGGAUGGUGACGUACACUUGCAACUUCAUGAUGGAAUGGAGCGAAUCAGGAACGUUUUUCAUAUACACCAUUUUUUCUGGUUCGCUGCUCCUGUUCGUCACAAUGUUGGUGCCAGAGACCAAGGGUCGAAGUUUGGAGCAAAUCCAUGCAUCACUCACCCAUCAUCCACUCUAAAUCUCUUCAAACCUUGUUAAUUCCCAAAAAAUUCUGCUUUUAGACACCAUUGUUCUUGCAUGAUUGAGUCGUGCUUAUGGGUGUCUAGCAUCAUUUCGAGAUAUCUAGUACACUACUUGCAGCCUUACUAGCAGCAAUUUUUUUU